AGACAAGUUCUUAAGAUCAAGGAAAGUUGAAAUAAGAGGAACAGUUCAUAAUCGGUAGACUUGUGAACAAGAGAAUAACUGACUGAAGGAAAAUCAUAUUGGAAAAGGAAGAUCAGUGAAAAGAGAAAUCACUGAUCGUGAUUGAGAGAACGACUGAAGGAAAAUCAAGAAAGGAGCAACACCAAUUUUUUUUCUUACGCUUGAGGGAACGACUGACUGAGGGAACAACGAUUUGAGAAAGGAGAUACAUGUACUGACAUUAACCUUGUGAUAGAGGGACCGAUUUAUCGAAGAAGAGGAAGAACCAACCGUCACCAUAGCUCCCAAGGAGAGACUCGUGAUGGAGAUCGAGGAAGAUCCUCCGACGCCUGGGCCACCCUUAUCGGAGCAAGGACAGUGCUAUCGUGUCUUUCUCUACUGUCUAAACGUCUUCUUUGUGUUCACAGGAGUGGCAAUGGUGGCGAUAGGAGUAUGGGUCCAAAUGGACCCCAUUAACGAACAGGUCGCGCUUCUCCUUGGCAACGACCUUUUCAAGAUGGCAGGCCAGGCCAUCGUCCUUGGUGGAGCAUUGAUCCUCGUAGUCUCCCUGCUUGGAUGUGUCGGGGCUCGUCUAGAGAACAAGUGUCUCCUAAAGAUGUAUUUCUACCUGUUGCUUGCGGUAUUUGUGAUUGAGUUUUCUGGCGGUAUUUUAGGAAUGGCAUUCUUAGCAAGUGCUGAAACGGAGCAGAACCUUACCUGGUCUUUGAGAGAUAACUAUGGGGCAGAUGGAGCAGAGGAAUACACCGAGGCGUAUGACUUCAUACAGAAAAGGUUUCGAUGCUGUGGCGUAGCCGGUGAUGUGAUAGACGCGGUGGUUGAGUAUAAAAUGACAGCUUUCUGGCUGAACCAGUCGCCGUUAAAACCUCGUGAUGUGGUGCCUGCCAGCUGCUGUCGAGAGGGCGUCGACCCUGUCAUCUGCCGGUUAGAGAGGCCCCAGAACCUGUAUAGACUCUACUUGCAUAAUGUGGGAUGCCUCACAGCUACAGAGGCUCGUGUGACAGAGUACGGAGGGGUCGUGGGAGGAGUGGCGAUCUGCAUAUCUGUCUUACAUUUGGGUGGUAUGGUCUUCACCUUCUUACUGUACAGAGAGAUUCCCAGCAAGAGAUCAAGAUCAUGAAGCGGCUGAUAACUCAGGGAAGAGGGCCCUGUUUCAUCAAACCUGUUAUCAAUAACAAUUAAGUUCCAAUACCUGUUAUAAGCUACUGAAAUCCUAACAGUUGAUUGGCUAAGAGCAAAGUUGUUAUUGAUAACAAGUUUUAUGAAAUUGGGCCCUGAUCAUAGAUCAGAGAUUCCCAGCAAGAGAUCAAGAUCAUGAAGCGUUUGAUAAGCCAGGGAGGGCCCUGUUUUGAUCAAACCUGGGGGAGCGUUUCAUAAAGCUGUGCGUAAAGUUACGCAUGACUUUACGAAUGACUUGAAUAUAAAGAGCCAAAUGGGAUGCCCAAAAUUUUUCCUGACAUUUUAACAGACCGUGACUGUGUUUCCCAUAAUCUCAAUUAAAUUGUAGCCAAAAAUACACUUUGCAUUAAAAUGUUUUGUUAAAAAUGAUAAGGUUAAUCUAAAUCUGCAUAUAUAUUAUAACUUUAGCUCAUGCAAUUAAAAGGAUUUGAAAAUCCCAUUUAGCUCUUCAUUUUCAAGUCAUAUGGGUAACUUUACGCACAGCUUUAUGAAACACCCCUGUUAUCAAUAACAAGUUCCAAUACCUGUUAUAUAUAAGCUACUGAAAUCCUAACAGUUGAUUGGAUGAGAGCAAAGUUUUUAUCUUGUUAUUGAUAACAAGUUUUAUGAAAUGGGGCCCUGAUCAUAGAUCAACUGGCAGAAGUUUGUUAGCAAGCGUGCAUGCCACAAAGCAAAUUUUGAUAACUCACUCUUUAAGGUUUCGACUGCUCUAUACAUAGUACACUAAUAGUCCGUUCUUGUAUAGCGCAUAACA